UAACACUUAACGGGCAGAGAGCUUUUCGUUUCCGAAGGGUAAGCCAAAUUCAGAGACACUCUCAUUGAAGCUCCAAAAACAACUCCUCCGAUCUCUCCCUCGCUCUUUAUAUCCCGGCAAUCUCUUUCACCUGCGCUCUUCCUGGAUCUGCUUCCUACUACCUCUCUGCAUUCGGUUUUCAGGUGGCGGAUUAUUUUUCGGCAGGUAGUUAAGAAUCCGGGCCUAGAUCAUAAAAGGGGAAGUGGAGAAUGUCUGGGAAGGCGCCUGGAACGCCAGCUUCAAAAAUUGAGAACAGAACCCCUGCAUCAACUCCAGGGGGAGGGAGCAAAGCAAAAGAGGAGAAGAUCGUAGUUACAGUACGUUUACGGCCUUUGAACAGAAAGGAACAACUAGCAAAGGACCAAGUAGCAUGGGAAUGUGUGGAUGACCAGACCAUUGCUUACAAGCCCUCUCCCCAGGAGCGCUCAGCUCAACCGGCUUCUUUCAUUUUCGAUAAAGUGUUCGGUCCUACUUGUAUAACGGAGUCUGUGUACGAGGAUGGAGUCAAAAACAUUGCCCUCUCUGCUUUGAUGGGAAUUAACGCAACUAUCUUUGCAUACGGGCAAACAAGCAGUGGGAAGACAUACACUAUGAGAGGAAUAACUGAAAAGGCUGUUCAAGACAUCUACAACCAUAUAAGAAACACCCCAGAGAGGGACUUCACAAUAAGGAUGUCAGGGCUGGAGAUUUACAAUGAAAAUGUGAGGGAUUUGUUGAAUUCGGAAUCUGGCCGCAGUCUCAAGCUUCUAGAUGAUCCGGAGAAAGGAACCGUAGUUGAGAAGUUGGUGGAGGAAACAGCAAGCGACGAUACACAUUUGAGGCAGUUGAUCAGUGUGUGUGAAGCCCAAAGGCAAGUUGGUGAAACCGCACUCAAUGAUACUAGUUCACGAUCACAUCAAAUAAUCAGGCUGACGAUACAGAGUACUCUACAUGAGAAUUCCGAUUGUGCGAGGUCGUUUGUUGCAAGCUUGAAUUUCGUGGAUCUAGCUGGAAGUGAAAGGGCUUCACAGACCCAUGCUGAUGGUACCAGGUUACGAGAAGGUUGCCAUAUCAAUCUUAGCCUGAUGACCCUAACGACAGUAAUAAGAAAACUAAGUGUUGGGAAGAGAAGUGGCCACAUACCCUACAGAGACUCGAAGCUUACGCGCAUACUGCAGCACUCACUAGGCGGAAAUGCUCGUACUGCCAUCAUAUGUACUUUAAGCCCAGCAUUGACACAUGUUGAACAAUCUCGAAAUACUCUUUACUUUGCAACACGAGCCAAGGAAGUUACAAAUAAUGCACAAGUCAACAUGGUUGUUUCGGACAAGCAGCUAGUUAAGCAUUUACAGAAGGAAGUGGCGAGGCUGGAAGCAGAACAGAGGCGCACUCCUGACCCUUCAAGAGACAAGGACUUGAAAAUCCAGCAGCUGGAGAUGGAAGUCGAGGAAUUGAGGCGCCAAAGAGAUCUUGCAAAAUCUGAGGUGGAUGAGUUACGUAGGAAAAUGGAAGAGGAGCAACAACAGGUGUGCACUAAAGUAGAAGAAUCACCCCGCCCAGCUGUGAAGAAGUGUCUAUCUUACUCGGAAGCAUUGCUAUUAAAACCUGAGAGCAAGGACUCAAAGCGCAGUGAGAAGAUGAGAAAAACGACCCUAAGGCAGUCCAUGAGAUCAUCAUCAGCUGCACCUUUCACCCUGAUGCAUGAAAUUCGUAAACUCGAACACCUACAAGAGCAACUUGGGGAAGAAGCAAACCGAGCUCUUGAAGUACUGCAAAAGGAAGUUGCUUGUCAUAGACUAGGUAACCAAGAUGCAGCAGAGACGAUUGCCAAGCUGCAAGCUGAGAUAAGGGAAAUGCGUUCCCUUCCACAGCUUCCAAGGGAAGUUCAAAUUGGAAGCGUGAUGAUACCUACCAACAAAAGUGUUAGUGCUAAUCUGAAAGAGGAAAUAACAAGACUUCAUUCACAAGGAAGCACCAUUGCCAAUCUCGAAGAGCAACUGGAGAACGUCCAGAAGUCUAUCGACAAGCUGAUCAUGUCUCUCCCGAGCAAUAAUACUCCAGAAUUGAACUUUGAGUCGCCAGCUUCCAAUUCUAAGAGUCAGCACAAGAAGAAGAAGAUACUCCCUUUAUCUCCGAGCAACAGUGGGAUGCAGAACUUCAUCCGAUCUCCAUGUUCACCUUUGUCAUCAUCAAGGCAAGUAUCAGAAAAUGACAGAGAGAAUCGAGCACCAGAGAAUGUUGACGUUCUUGUGUCGAAUGUCAACUCGCAGCAAGAAUCUGAGAAACAGACUACUACUCCAAUGAAGAGUGAAGAGUGUGGAGAAGUGUCCAGGGAAGGUGUCUCCCCCGGCUAUCGACGUUCGAGUUCUGUCAACAUGAAGAAGAUGCAGAAGAUGUUCCAGAAUGCAGCUGAGGAAAACGUGAGAAGCAUUAGAGCAUAUGUGACAGAACUGAAGGAACGAGUUGCCAAACUCCAGUACCAAAAGCAGCUGCUAGUUUGCCAGGUUCUGGAACUGGAAGCAAAUGAGGCAGCUGGGUAUAACAUAGAGGAGGAUGAGGAGGAAAUGAUGGUCGAUGCGGUGGAACCACAAGUUCCAUGGCAUGUGACCUUCAGAGAGCAGAGGCAGCAGAUCAUAGAAUUGUGGGAUAUUUGCUACGUACCAAUUAUCCACAGAACACAAUUCUACUUGCUGUUCAAAGGCGACCCUGCUGAUGAGAUGUACAUGGAGGUAGAACUCAGGCGACUAACCUGGUUGCAGCAGCAUUUGGCUGAGCUGGGUGAUGCAAGCCCUGCUCGUGUUGUCGGUGGAGAUGAGCCAACGGUUUCCCUUUCAUCAAGUAGGAGAGCGUUGAAGCGUGAGAGGGAAUUCCUGGCUAAGAGGCUGACGCGGUUGAGCAUGGAGGAGAGGGAGGCGUUGUUCAUUAAAUGGGGUGUGCCUUUGGAUGGGAAGCACAGAAGGCUGCAGUUCAUAAGCAAGCUAUGGAGAGAUCCUCACGAUUCGAGGCACGUACAAGAAAGUGCAGAGAUUAUUGCAAGGCUGGUUGGGUUGUAUCAAGGAGGGAAUUUGUCCAAGGAGAUGUUCGAGCUCAACUUUGCACCGCCAUCUGGGAAAAGGCCAUGGUGGGCUAUGGAAUGGAACCAGAUUUCCAACCUCCUUAACCUUUGAGGUUGGAUUGCUGGGCUCGUGCCAGUAAGUAGUAUUAGGUUUCCGAUUUGUACAUGGAAAUGCAGCGCAACUCCAUCGGUUUCUCGCAUUCUGGAACCAAUUUUCUUCGUUUCUGCUGUUUAGGGGUUUUUUGGCUCAUUAGUUGAUGGGGGACUAAAUGAAUGUGUAGUAGUAUGGGUGCUCGAGAAAAUGGGAGCAAGCACUGAUGAGACAUGAGAGUACUCCUAAUAAUCGAACUAAUUCGAACAAUUUCAUAUUGGAGGUUGUUUUGAAUGAUGAAUUACUAUCCUUGUGGGAUCAACAACUGAGGUCAACCCAAUUUCGGUUCAUUCAAAACAAUGUGCAUACUGCAUAGUGAAAUGCCAAAGCUGAACUCUUUUAUGGUGGACAGAGUGGGCCGAGUUGAAACUAGA